GAGUUUUGGACCAACUUGUGUAGAUGUCCAAAAAUCGUCUGAAGCAUAUUGAACCGCUUGUCAAGAUGUGGAUGUUGCGCAUUUCUAGUAAGUCUUCAAGGUUUCAUAGAGAUCCUGCCCGAGCCGGGGUCCUUGCUUAUCGCAAAUUGUCUACGUCGUGAUCGAAGUGGUAUGUCUAAAUUUUCUGGGGUUUCCCCGCAACAAAGAUCUUUAUCUGAGCGUUGUUUUGAACAGUGGGGGCGUGGCGAUGAUGAUGUCGUCGUCGUCUCGUCGCGGUUGCCGCGAGGGCGAAUUGGCGUUCGCGAUAUUCUAUUCUUCUUCUAUCCAGCAGCCAAACCCGACGAAUCUCUGAUCUACCAAAUCGGCCGUAAUAUACUAAACAAAUAAAAUAUCUGUGGCUUACAAUUGGGCAGGUUUCCGAGGACGGGAGAGGCAAGGCGACCCUACUAAGGGCUCUAAGGGCUCACUAAGGGCUCCCAACUUGCGGGGGAGCGCGAGCUCUGCCCGCCCGAUCCCGAUGCCAGUGGGAUUCAGACACUGCCCUAUCACGCAAGAAAUUAUAAAAUGUCUCAGCGCCCUGAGGAUUCAGUCCUUCAUGCCGCGCCGAGGGUUAAACGGUUAUCCGACUCUAUAUACGAACUUUACAACCCAGGAGCUUCAUCACGGCUGAACGUUGUAUUCUUUCAUGGCCUACAAUUGUCACCUAACUCUGAUUCUCACUUAUCAACUUGUACGUCACGCGGUUCUCAGCAGGAAGUAUGGCCGAUGACCUGGCUCCCAGAAGAGUUUCCAGAAGCUCGUAUUCUCUGUGUCAAUUACGAUUCUUGUAUCAGGAGAUCAGCAGAGCAUGGAAGAUUAGAUCUCCACAACGCAGCCGAAAUGUUGAUGGCAAAUCUUAAGCUUGCAAAGGUGUGCCAGCAUCCAAUUAUACUUAUCGGUCACAGCUACGGAGGCUUGGUGAUAAAACAAUUGUGCCUCCAAGCUCUCAUGAGGGAAACUUUGAAAAAGGAGGAGGAAGGAGAUGUUGGAUUUCUCAACUGCAUCAAAGGAGUUUUCUUCUAUGGAACGCCCCAUCACGGAUCGUCAUUUUUCUCGAAUGUAACAGACUUGAAAGAUGCUAGCCCUCUACUGGACUUUGUUCAUGUGCUUUGCGCACGCUCAGCUCGCCUUCUCAACUGUCCUUCUCAACUGGAUCAAAGGAGUUUACUCUUAUGGAACGCCCCAUCACAGAUAGUCAUUUUUCUCGGAUGUAACAGACUUGAAAGAUGCUAGCCCUCUACUGGACUUUGUUCAUGUGCUUUGCGCAGGCUCAGCUCGCCUUCAUCAAAUCUUUGAUUCUUGACGUUGGAACCACAAGUGGAGCAUUGCUGGAGUCGGAGAAUUGAGACUUACUACGGUUUUGAGGCCAGUGAGUGGGUGGCUGAUUUGCGUUCACGAGUGUGAUGAUUGUACACGAGGCUUCAGCUCGGUACGGCGAGUUCACUAUGGAGCAGGAGGAUCAUUUCUCUCUCUGCCAGCCCAAGAGCAAGGUUUCAAAUACUUACAGUCGGUUGACAGAGUUCAUUCAAUGUAUCGGUGAAGAUAUUUAUGGCUUUAAGGGGAUGAGAUCUUUUCAUGAGCUCAAGAAGGUGCCGAAGAUGGCAAUGGUUUUACGUUCUCACCUCUUCAAAACCGUUCGAAACUACUUAGUCGUAGCUCCAUUAGUAGGUCUUCACGGCAUGGGCGGUGUAGGGAAAACAACUCUCGCGAAGCUGUUAGUCAAAGAUUUGUGUGCAGAAUUCGACUAUACUUGUUUCAUUCCGGUAUCUAACCUGAAGGGAGAUUACGAGGAGAUUACGAGGAGAUGAGACGCAGUAUGUAUUCGUCAACGCAUCAUCAUGGCAGAAAGUUUGAGCAAGGAGGGGAACGUGUAAAAGUGCGGUCAAGAUUUCUUCUCGUUUUGGAUGACAUUGAGGAUGCUCAUGUUGAUUUUCUCUUCGACAUAUCUUCGGACUUUGAUUGUGGGAACAGUCGCUACAUUGUUAUCUCUCGAAAUAAAGAAAUCUUGGACAGAUGCAUUGUG